GCAUGAUCUGAACAUUGUUGCUGCGGAGGCGGAACACCGACUAUUGGUAGUUUGGUCGGCAUUCAAGAGGCCGCUGUCUAAUGAGGUCCCGUAUGAGAAGAAAGCCUCUUCGGGACGAUCAAGGUUCGAGACUCAAUACAUCAAGUAGUUCCGUCAUAGUCGAUUACGAUUCCUGUGUGUACUAUCAUCUCGUUCGAUAAACUUGUUACCCCUGUCGCGCCACCAUCUUCUCAGUCGCAAUGGUCUAUCCCGGCCAGCUUCAUUAUUCCAGCUUCAAAGCCCCAAUUUUGAAUAGACCAAUCGAUGACCCAGGCCGCAAACUCCGCAUCAUUUGUGUGGGUGCUGGUAUCUCGGGGGUGACAACUGCAAUCCGUUUUCGACAGCACUUAGGCGCAAAUAUAGACCUCCAAAUAUACGAGAAGAAUGCUGAUAUUGGAGGCGUUUGGCUAGAAAAUAGAUAUCCAGGCGUAGCUUGCGACAUUCCCGCGCCGUGUUUUGCGUUCUUAUUUGAAGAUAAUCCUGAUUGGUCAGAGUACUACGCCGGCGGGAAGGAGAUCAAUGCCUACGUGCAGCGAGUAGCCACGAAGUAUAGCGUAAGAAAGCUGAUGAAGUUUCAACAUCCUGUGCAAGAAGCGAUAUGGCACGAGGACGAAGGGAAGUGGCGGCUCAAAAUACACGACGUCCAGAACGAUAAGAUGAUUGAUGACGAGGCAGACAUCGUGGUGAUGGCGUGGGGGAUGUUGAAUAACUGGGAAUUCCCGAAGAUCCCUGGUAUUUCAGACUUCAAGGGCGCGAAUAUGCAUACGGCGAAUUAUGAUGAGAGUUUUGACCCUACGGAUAAGGUGGUUGCGCUUGUAGGCGGAGGCUCGACUGGUGUUCAAGUACUUCCUCAUAUCCAGGAGAAAGCGAAGAGGAUACAUCAUUACAUGAGAUCGCAGAACUGGAUAGCUCCAGUCGGCUUCGGGGCUGGCGAGCUUGAAAAGCGCGAUGCACUCGAAUACCGUCGUGGCAUUGAAGACGGCAUAAUGGCCUACAUGGCAGAAUCGGGCUUUACGUACGGCUCUCCAGAGCAACAAAAGAUGGAGGUAAAUUUUCGAGCGCACAUGAACCGCGCCCUUGGUACAAGGCCUGAGAUCUUAAAAACUUUGCUUCCAGACUUCCCGCCUGGAUGUCGUCGACUGGUCCCAGGGCCUGGGUAUUUGGAGGCGGUCGUGAAAGAAAACAUCGAAUGGAUUCCUGAGCAGAUCGAGAAAGUAACAGAGGAGGGUAUUGUAACCAAGGAUGGUACCCUACACGAAUGCGACGCUAUCAUUUGGGCAACUGGAUUCAUCUGUGAUUUCAGAAGUCGAUUCCCCGUAACAGGCCGUGACGGCAUCACUUGGAAUCAAGUAAUGGAUCCAGAACCUGAAGCAUAUUUCGGAGUCCUCGUUGACAAGAUGCCAAACUGCUUCUUAUACUUUGGCCCUAACUGCGCGCCUGGCGCUGGAAACGCCUACCUUGCUAUCGAGACCGAAUGCGAAUUGAUGAUCUCCUGUAUCAAGAAGAUGCUAAGAGAGAAGAUCAAGUCUAUCUGCAUAAAACAACAGAGAGUAAAGCAAUACGUCGCUCAUGUUAAUGAAUACCUCAAAGGCACAAUCUUUGGGCAGCCGUGUAAAUCAUGGUUCAAGCGAGGCGAUCCAACUGGUCGAAACAUCGCAUACUACCCCGGAAACUCUUUGAACCUGCUCCACGCAGCGAGAAAUCCCCGAUGGGAAGAUUUUGACUAUAUAUAUCUCGACGAACUCGGCGGCAAUCCUUUGACGUGGCUCGGCAAUGGCUAUACGAUGGCCGACUACGAUGGAAGCUCAAGAACCUCGUACCUUGACCCAGCGGUCAUUGAUUAUCCGCCGAUACCUAAGGCAGACGUUCUUGUCGAUGGAAAUGUGAAAACAGAGAGCUAUGAGAAGGUUGGAAUCAAAGCUCCGGCCAAUGUCAGUGUUGUACUGCUUCCAGGGACAACUGCAGCUUAG